UCUUUGUUUCUUUCUGAAUCACAUGUAGCGUAAAGGGAAACGUGACUCUCACGAUGUAAACUACUAUAUAUAAAUAGUCGCAUUGCAAAGUAUUUGCGAAUAAAUCCGCUUAGUUAGAUAAGCGACUAUAACAACUUCCAGUACCUUCUAGUGUACAUAAUAGGUUAAUGGCCAAUUUGUAUGCGCACUCACAGAGAGGAAAGAUAACCUCGUCUCUAAUUGCAACAGUAUAUAUACCGAUAUAUACCCUCUGGGGAUCAGUACGCCGAUUACGCAUUUUUCGGUGAUUUAAAAAAGAGUGUGGCUUCUGAUAGAUGGUUAACUGUGUCGUGUUAUCUAUUUUCUGAAAUUUUGAUAUUGAAGCUCCCAUUCCGAUAACGGCGAAGUUGUGUACAGGACAGGACCUCGUGGUAGAUAGAACUAUAUUCACUGCUGCAAUUUAAGUAUAGUGUCUCCUUAAGAUCGCGAAUUAGGAGGGGGACACUGUCAUCCAUUCGGAAGCUUCGUUACGAUUUCAAUAUUUAAUAUUGAAGCACCCGAUUGGAUGAGUGUCUCCUACCACCUCCGGCCUUAAGGAAUUACUAUGUUUAAAUCGGGCUGUUAUCUGUGUUUUCUUCCGUGGUAUUACCAUGUGAUGGUUCGCUGAAAACUUGGUGCUAGAAUAAAAAUAUUUAAAAUGUCGCCAAGCAAACCAUUGUCUUCAUUUUCUGCUUAUGAAGUGGAAAUGAAGCGUAGAAAAAAACUGGAAGCGGUUAUGCCGCAUGCCUCCUUGUUUCAGCGAAAGUUAUUAGCAAUAAAGAAAAACAAAACAGUUCAUGAUGGGAAACGUAAAGACAAACCGAAAGUUCUAAAAGAGAUGGUACUUGUUAAAAGUGGAAAAAUCGCCAAUAUUCCUAACGAAGAAAUUGUCAGAACUGUGCCCAAGGGAAACAAAAAACAAAUUCAAAAUAAAAAGAAAAAAGGUGGCAAGACCAAGGAGAGUUCGGAACCCAUGGAUGAUGAAUAUGUGACUGAAGAAGAGGAAUCAAUUCAGAAAAAUGGCAAAGCAGGGGAUGUGCCUAUGAGAGAUGAAAGUGGAACUGACAGUAUUAAAGAUGGAAGAGAUGCAUUCAGUUGGCUUAUAGCUCCUAUUAAGCCAGAAGAAUUUUUUCAGAAUGCUUGGGAGAAAGCACCACUGCAUGUGAAGCGAACUAAUUUCCCAGAUUAUUAUAGAGAAAUUCUGACAUCCGAGAAAAUACAUAACAUCAUUCGUGACACUUAUAUUUUAUUCUCUAAAAACAUUGAUGUGACAUCAUAUCGCAAUGGUAAACGUGAGACACUAAAUCCACCUGGCCGUGCUACCCCGUCUAUAGUGUGGGAUUUUUACAACAGGGGAUGUAGUGUGCGCAUGUUAAACCCACAGACUUUCUGCCCAGAAUUGAGAAAAUUGAAUGCAUCUCUGCAGGAUUUCUUUGGCUGUUUUGUGGGAGCUAACAGUUACUUGACACCUGCCAACUCCCAAGGUUUUGCCCCUCAUUAUGAUGAUAUUGAAGCUUUUAUUCUGCAGCUGGAAGGGAAAAAGCAUUGGAAGGUGUAUGCUCCUAGGAAACCUGGAGAGGUUUUGCCUCGCUUCUCAAGCCCAAACUUCACUCAAGAGGAGUUGCAGAAGCCUGUUUUGGAAGUGACCCUGCAUCCAGGUGACUUUCUGUACUUUCCCCGAGGGUUCAUUCACCAAGCCAGCACUGAGCCAGGCCAUCAUUCCUUGCACCUGACAGUAUCGUGUUACCAGAAGAAUUCGUGGGGAGAUCUUUUGGAAAAGUUACUACCUGCAGCUCUUGCGGUGGCUCAAGAGGAAGAUGUUGAGUUUCGUAAAGGUCUGCCAUUGAAUUAUCUGCGCCAUGCUGGUGUGAGCAACAGUGAGCAGGAAACUGCAGAGCGGCAGGAGUUUUUUGCACAUCUCCAAAAGUUACUUGGCCGCCUCAUGGUCCACGCCCCUGUUGAUGCUGCUGUGGACCAAAUGGGCAAGCAGUUUAUGCACGACGCAUUGCCACCCGUCCUUACCACAGAAGAAGAAAAAUGUUCUGUCUUUUCGGAGGAGCUUUUGACGAUAAAUAAAGAUGGACGUGUUUCUGGUAGCGUUGCAUUGAACUUGAGUACUAAAGUGAAGCUGCUUCGCUCUUUCAUUCUUCGUUUAGUGAAAGAAGAUGAUUCAAACGAUAAUGUGCAAGUGUAUCAUUGUGUUGACAAUUCAUUGGAAUACCAUGGAGAAGAUCCCAUGAUGUUUGAAGUUUCUUCAGAAUUUGCUGUGGCUGUUGAGCAAUUGAUUCAUUCAUAUCCUGAAUUUAUAUCUGUUUCGGAUCUCGCAUUGGACAGGAAGGAAGACCAGUUGGAAUUGGCUGAUUUGUUGUGGAAGAAAGGCUUACUGUUGACAGAAAAGCCUUUGGCAUAAAGCUGAUUACUACAUUUUCUUGAGUUAAUUUUCAUGCUUAUUUGUGUAAACAUAUUUUACUUGAAAUGAUUGUAAAGAUUUUCUGUUAAUAAUCUUUCUUUUCUUGAAUAAAGAUAUGUACCCUUGUCAUGUUUAUAAUUGCUUCUUUUCAUCAUUAAAAUACUUAACCCUCGUGUACAUCAUUUUUCCAUGUUUCAUCGUGCUAACUCGAAAUGAUUUCUGUGCAAUGCUACCAUGAAUGUGCAUCAUUCACUAGAAAUUAGUACAUAUCCCUUGCAUUUUAAUGUAUUGUGCUCAGAUUUUCAAAAAUUGAUACAUCUAAACAAAUCUUUUGUUUUGUAUGAAUAUUGUGUUUCAUUAUUGGUAUGUAACUGUGCGAAUCGGAAUGUUUAUGAAUGUGUUUCUGUGAAGC